CAAAUGCUUUUAGACUGAAGCAAAGGACACCGAAAUAAGCUCCUCAUGUCCUUCACUCCGCCACCUCUUGGUUUCUCUGGCGUCUCGAGUCUCCCCCCGCCGCCAAGCACCGCCGCCGCCGCCGUCGACCUUCCAGUCCUGGUCCUCUCCACUUGCCCCUCACUACCGAUAAGCAUUUCCCUUGCCAAAAAUCUCUCAAAUGAGGACACGGAGCAUGGCGUCCAAACCCGAACCAGUCCCCUCCACCCACGGGACGGCGGCUCGUGCCCCAGCGCCGGCCUCCGUGAGUGCCUCCACCCACGGGACGGCGGCUCGUGCCGCAGCGCGGGCCUCCGUGAGUGCCUCCACCCACGGGAAGGCGGCUCGUGCCCCAGCGCGGGCCUCCGUGAGUGCCUCCACCCACGGGACGGCGGCUCGUGCCCCAGCGCCGGCCUCCGUGAGUGCCUCCACCCACGGGACGGCGGCUCGUGCCCCAGCGCCGGCCUCCGUGAGUGCCUCCACCCACGGGACGGCGGCUCGUGCCCCAGCGCCGGUCUCCGUGAGUGCCCCCACCCACGGGACGGCGGCUCCUGCCCCACCGCCGGCCUCCGUGCGUGCUCCCACCUAUUGUGCCACCGUGCAGAGAUGCGUUGCGCUCCUUGACUGGUGGCUGGUGAGGGGUCAAGGCGGCAAGAUCCGUGUUGCCGGGUACAUCGACAACGUCGAGAAGAAUCGAGCAGGUCGAGUAUUCAGUUCUGGUUCCAUUACGGUGCGGCAUGCUGAUGGUACUCUUGAGACUGCAGAUAACAAAAUUGUAUUAACUAGGGGUCCAUUAAAUAUCGAACAGAUGCAUUGGAAUGGAUUUUCUCGUGAGGUUUCGGAACAGUUCAGGCUUGGUUUUCCUAUUCAAUGGGAGAAAUAUGCUAAUUCUAACAUGAAACAGGCGAAUGAACACAUACUAUCUCCAGCAAAAUCAACUGAAUAUUGUGUAGAGAAGUUCUUGCGCAGCAGCUUUGCCAAUUCAAUGGAACAUACUUUGACAGGGUUUGAUUUCAGAACAUCUAAAGAGUCUACUGGUAAUACAGAUGGACCUGGGCUUCCAAACUAUGUAAAACCAAGAAUUCAGGAACCUUCUGGCAAUAGUGUUGGUUAUGAUAACUCAGUGAGCAACAUGGCUGCAUCUGAGGGAUUAUGUAAUGAUAGGAUGGGUACGCCUGAUGAAUCUUUUGAAGAUCCUGGACCUGGAGAAACAUGUAAUGGUCAAGCAUCUAGAGCAGAUAACUCACAUGAAGAUAUACAGACAGAUGCAAGUGGGCAGAGGAUUGUUACUCACUCCGCGGACUCUACUUUAGUUAAUAAUGAUAUAGAUAAAAUAGAAGAAGAACGUGGAUCUUCCAAGUUGGGCAACAGCUCAGUGUGUCCCGGAACAGAACAUGUGUCAGAAGCACUAAACCAAGGGGCGAGUCCAGAGCAUGGAAGUGUUCAGUGUUCAAGAAGACUACGGAGCGGCAAAGUGUAUGGAAUGUCUAAUGGUGCGUCAUUGAAGAGGCGGUACUCCAAGAGGAAGACAAUGCAGCACGGAACAUUGAGUAUGAAGGUGAUACCAACUGAAGAGACAACACCCCCUGCCGGUCCGACUUGUCACAAAAAGGGUGGCUCAGUUGCUCAAAUCACUGCUUUGGAUAAGCUUCAAUCAAAUGAUUCGGGUCGUAAAGGUUACUUAAAUAAUUUGCAUUAAUUUCAUCAACUUUUUAUCUCUCAGCUAUUACUUGGUGGCAGUAACAUCACAAAGGCUUGCUACUACUCCCUCCGUUCCAAAUUACUCGUCGCAGAAAUGGAUGUAUCUAGAACUCAAAUACAUCUAGAUACAUCCAUACCUGCGACAAGUAAUUCGGAACGAAGGGAGUAGUUAUUAGCAAUCACCGACGCUCAACGCAUGCUUUACACAAUAUAUAUAGCACGAAAGUGAAGCCACCUCUGAAUUUUAGAAAGCUAGUCUUAAAACAAUGCCAUAGUUGAGUGUUAAUGCUUUUGUAUGGUAAAAACAUUAAGUGUUGCAAAACCUCCUUAACUCCCUGUAUGAACAUCAUAUUUUGUUGUCCCAGGUAAUGAAUGUCGUUAAAAAAUCAUGCUUCAGUCCAGAUAAGUGGGCAUCGAUCUUUUUGUACUCUAAACCGAAAAAAUUGUAUCCACUGCCCUGGUACUAUGUAAACAUAAUGAUUGCGAAACUGCGGUAGCCAAAUAACGAUAGUUUGUUUGUUGAAUAAAUGUAAUCCGUCUUAAAAGUUCAAGCUCAAGCCAUCUAAAACUUGGUUAUACAACUUCUGAUGAUGAUUAGUACCAUACCAAAUAGAUGGAAAACUGAGAAAAAAAACUAAGAUAAUAACCUUAUAUGGGAGGACAGCAUGCUUGGCUAAUCACACAGUACCAGUUGCUUGCUUGUCCACAAAUCCAUCUAGGUACAAAUUGUGUUCUCCUCGUCUUAGCAGACAUUGUUCGUCAAAAGAAAAGCUGUACUACCAACCAUGAUUAGUGCCACAAAUUCCUGAACCACUUUAGAGAUACAUAUUCGAUUUGAGUUAAAGAUGAAUGGUCAGAUCGUAUGGAUCCCACGACCUCGUGUUUUAGAUAGUAGUAUAGAUUCGAUUUUAGCUAAAUGCUUUUCUCUUAGAACCGGUAAGCAGUUCCUGCAAAACAUGUGUUCAAUUCAAUUUCUUUACCGCACGUAAACACUGGUUCGGCGACAUUAUAUUACCAAGGGCUGCUUGCAUUUACUGCAACAAAUAUUGAAAGCUUGUGCGUUACCAAUGACCGUUCAUGUGGUAUUACUGUUCACAUGACAUGGAAGACCUAGAAAGAAGGCGAGGAGGUAACAUUCGGCACGGUGCGGUGAAAAUCGGAGCAACAUUUUGUGCUCAAAUCAGGAUAUGGAUAUCUCAUCAAACGUAGCACAACUCUUGCAUAUGUGCUCAAAUCAGUUGUGCUGUUGUGUGACGGGUUAGAGUUCUGCUAAUGUUGUAGGAUGAGGAACAUGCUACUGUUGUGCAAUGGGCUAGCACAUCAGUUAUUUUGCGGGCCAACUAUGCAUAUAUAUGUACUAGUAACUGUGCCCGUGCGUUGCUACGGGUGACUUAAACGAAUGGCUUUUUGAGGAUGGAAAGCAUGGAUAGUAUCAUGAGAUGACACUAAGACCUACAAAAUUUUAUUCAACCACCGGUAGGGUAGGUGCAUCAAUCAGUCUUGUUUCAGUUUGAUAUGUUGAUGUCCAAGAGCAGAAUUUUAAUUCAGGGAUUGCUCGGAUCUCCUUCAACUCCGUGCUUCACCAACUACGCGGAUCGGAGGCCUCUCAUAGUAUGAUUUGGUGAAGUUGUCGAAGCUUAGCUUUGUGAAGUUGAAUCACAUAGCUCAAUAUAUUUACGGCGGCAAUGCCAUCGCCAAGUGGCAUAACUUAGUUCUGAAUUCCCCUUCUGAUGAUCCCCGUCGAAGCGCUAUUCAUGACGCCGCCAUUGUUCCCUUCUCACAAGCUCGCCACCGCCGAACCGCCAACCCUCCACCUCACUCUAUUUAGCUCGCCGCCACUCCAUUGCCUCCCUCUCCUACCGCCGUCCUCCUCCCUUCAUCACCCUCUUCCACAUCAUUGGCCUCCUCCCCAACGUCGCCCUCUUCCCCGACACAGACCACCUCCCCGCCGUCGGCCUAUGCUAUGCUCGUGAUCAACCCCUCAAGCAGCAGAAGUUGACCAACACGUCCAAAACGGCGCAACUCCUCCACGGAUGCUGGAGCGCGGUGCUGAAGCUUCAAUAUUUCCAGACAUUUCAUAAUAGGCUUAUAUGUAUGUUUCUUGCCCUCAAGUUGCCACCCGGUGAAAUAUUUUAGCAAUGUUAACUUCAGCUAGAAAUAUAGUAUAUCUGCUCUGGUAAUAGGUCAUCUAAAUAGAUGAUGUUUUUCACUGGUAUACUCUGCAUGCAAUCUUUCAUCAACCUCCCACACAUUGAUAUAAAAUCACUGCCAUUUGACAUUCAAUCACCAAUUGUAAUGAAACUUUUUAUUCUAUUUUUUGCUGGCUCUACAGGGAAUAUCAAGGUCACAGCUACCAGAUUUUUAGUUAACAUAAUGUUACAAUAAAGAAAUUUAAGGAUAUGUUACAAACUUCAGUGUCACUACAUUUACAAUCCAUACGAUAAACAAUAGUGGCCCGUGGCUCGUACAUAUACAAUAUCCAUGUUAGAAGGUCCAGCACACUUUCCUGCUUCAUCCUUACUACAGUUAAGAGAAUAGGCAUACAAUAUGAGAGGCAAAGUACAGACCCACAACAGUAUUUCAAGUAGGCAUAAGAGAUAAUAUAUUGCAUUACUUCUAUAAGGCUGCUCCCAGUGCUCCACCCUGGACGGGUGCUAAUCCUGCUAUGUAAGCAAAAAACUGAUGUGACAUCUUAAUCAAGGAGGAGAGAGAAUCGUUUGGUAAUCCCACGGAGAAACUAUACCAGCGCAUGUACCUAGGAGAAAACAGAGUUAAUACGAUCCCGUGCACUGAACCAAGCCGUCGCCCCAACUCCCCCAUGCGCAGCCCCAUCCGCCGCUUCUUCCUCGCCCCAUGCCGUCGCCCCGGUGCAGCACUUUGUCCUUGGUCUGCAGCGCUGCCUCGCCUCUGAUUGUCGCCCGGAGCCGCUAUCCCAUCCCGGGUUUUAGCUUGCAUCACUGACCAUCACCUGGAGAAGAUCGCAGCAGCACCACCGGCUCCUCCGGCAAGUCACCACCUGGUAAAUGGUAAGGGCAAGCCUGCAUUGCGAAAGUCCAUCGAUUCUGUGUUUGAUAUAAACUGUAGUCAUCCAUUGAUUACAUUUUUUCACAAGUCAAGUCCAUCGGUUCCGAGUUUCUUGCCAAAUUCUCAUAAACUACAGUCUGUCGAUUUCUUUUAAAUAUCAUGUCCAUCUAAUUUGAGUGUUGGCGAAAGACUGCUGCAUAUAAGUCUGUCACAAUCUUUUUUACAGAAUCAAACUGAGUUGAGUCCAGUUUAGAGUUAACAAGAAAAAUUCAAAGAAACUACAGUCCAUCAAAUUAUUUUGCCCACCGACCGUUCAGUUCAGUUUUUAUAGAAUACCAUUAUUUUUAAGGCGUCCUGCCUUGGACGCUUAGGCGAUAAGGCGCCCUGGCAGAACCUUACAAAUAUGCCCGGGCGUCGCCUAGGCGCUAGAGCGGGUGGUGCUCGCCUUAGGUCACCUUACCGCCUUAAAACAAUGUAGAAUACAGCCCUAUAUUUUGUAGAACCAAACUGAGUUCAGUUCAGCCCCAACCGAGUUCAGUUCAGUUUAAAAUCAAAAGCAAUUUUAAGGUAUUGCUAUCUAGUCAUACAGAUUGUCAAGUAGCAAGUUUUUGACACAAUCAAACUGAAUUUUAUUGAUCUUAUGGGAAUGGACAAGGAUGUAUUGAUCUGAAACCAAUGGUUCGAUCAGAUGAGGCUAUGUUGUAUUGUAGAUUUACAAGAAAUUGGUCCAGACUGAUAGGGUUCUGUUAGGAUUUACAGAAUUACUCUGUUUUAAGAAGCAGAAGCAAAAUUUGAGGUACUGCUAUUUAGUCAUACACAAAUUAUCAGGCAACAACUAUUUUGAAGGAAUCAAACUGACUACUUCUAUAAGAAACUUACUUGAAGUAGACACUUGAAGAAACAUGUUUCCUGUAAUCUAGACACUUGAAGUAGGCAAGCACCUAAAAUAAACUGAAUAUGAAGCUCUGCAAUUCCCUCAUUGGUCCUGACAUAUUGGAUCCUUCGCCAUCCUGGGUUCAGGGGCUCAUUCUUUCCAAGAAAUUACAAAAAUCUUCUUGCUUCAGUUGCUUGUUAGCUGGCAUACCAUGUGUCAUCUCAUUCCAAUAAACACUGGAGGACUAAUAAACAUAGUCCUGGUCUAGUUGAAUUGGUUUCUGAAAAGGAAAAUCAUAAUAUUACAAAUUACAAGUUGUCCAAAUAGAAAGAUCAGUUUAAUUUGACGAUUUGACAGAGAGUUACAAUACUGGAGAAACUGGGAUUUCCAAAGCCAACUGGCACCAAAUAAUAAAGCAAAAUCAGGUUAUACAUCCACUUCUUUCUGUUAUGGAAAAUCUAUGCAUUCUGCAAAACCCUAAAAUAACUACAGAAUUUGCACAAUUAGAAACAGCAAGCUUGUGAUACACUAAUCAGAUUAUCCCUAUGGAGCUCAAACUUGUAAUUAGAAAUACUGGACUGGUGCAGACUGCAGUAACCAUCUACUUUCGUCAAUCAUUACUCCAAGAUCAAAAUGUGAUAAUCAUAACAUAAGUUUGCUUCAUGGAAAAAUUGAAAUAUUUGCUUGUACUCUGGUGAUAGCUAUACUCGUUCCUAAGAUAACAAACAUGUAUUUUGACAAACUGAUGAGUAUUUUUAUCCACUUUUUUGUGAUCGGAUCUUCCAUUGAGCAGGCAGGCAGAGGCAUACAUGGGCUUUGUAGCGCUGGCCUGAUGUAAUGUAAAGAUGGAGGUGCCAACUGUUAGUCACCUGCGAAAGAACAUGUGUUCAUCAGAGCCUAGAUUCCUCUUUUCCCAACCUCUGUAACCAAUUCAGGUUGGAAAAUUCAUGAAAAAUUGUUCAGUCAUCA